CAGCCUCUGUACCAUACACAAAGCAGAGUGAAUUGUUUCAAGGCUUGCAGCAUACGCUCCUGUUUGUCUGAAAAAAAAAAAUGUAAACAUUCUUUCUGUCUGUGUUGAACCGUGGGUAUUUUUCAUCUGCAUGUUUCAUCUCUAAAUGGUUUGAGCAAAGAGAUGCUCUCUUGAUUCUUUGAGACGGCACAGCAGAGAUGUCACACCAGUGCAGCUGUGUCUAAUUUUAGAGAACAGUCUAAAAGGUGAAGUAAAGGUUUAGGAUAACACAAGAAGACCUUCUCCAAAUUAUAUAACUAAACUACUAACAGUGGUAUAUGGGCCUAACCACUGUGAACUGUUGAACUCCAUCAGGACACUGGAAUUCACACGCAGAAGAAUUUGUACAAGGUGAAUCAGAAAGCUCAUAGAACACAGUGAUGUCUUUCUGGCCCUUCGUAGCAGGAGGAGCAACUAUUAUUAUUUUUCUUCUUGUGGUCACGGUGUGUUGCAUUGUACUUAAACGAAAUAAUCAACCAUAUUAUGCAAACAGCCAGCAGGUUCAAGGUGCCAACAAAGAUCAAAUCAUCUAUGAGAAUGAUCAUGAGUUCAGAAAAAAUAUCUCCAAAGGAAAAAGACAGUUUUCGUCCGUUUACAUUAAUAAGCCUGAAAAUAAGGUUGCAGUUUAUAUGAACAGUGCACAAGAAGAUGAGACGUAUGCAAACUGCACCGACAAUGAUUAUGAAAAUGUGGAGUAGUCUGCUAAGAAGACAUGACUGAAGUUCUUUAAUUCAUCAUUCUCAGUUUUUCAUUCAUUGUCUUUUUUUGCACAGUACUAACUUAAGUGGAUUAAUGAUAAAGGCCAAAUAACCAUUUCAGCCUUAUUCAGGUAACACACAUGAACUGAAAAUAAUCUGUUAUAAUGGAAUGAUCUGUGACCAUUUAGAAUGACAAAACCUGUAGGUCUUUGUAGUCCUCCAGUAUAUUUGCCUAACAUUUUUGUCAAAAAUGACAGUGUCUUCAGUGUCUGAAUAAAAUUUAGCACUUUUGAAAUGGUCCUCUUUGCAAACUCUGUUUAGUAGUGAUGGGUGUCCACAGUUCUGAAUAGUUAUCACAAUUUGAUAACUGUUACGUUUAAUAAUUAACGAAUAAUUUAGCUGCCUACCUCCUUAAUUUACUGUAGCUAUUGUUGUUCUCACUUUUAAUUGAACCGAAUACGUUAAAAUGUAAUCUUAAACGUAAAGCGUCCGUUUUGCCAGGCAGCAUGAUGUUUGUUUACAUGGUUUUCCUAAUUACUCACAGACUCGUUUAUACAAUGUAACCAUAGAAAAGUAAAGUACUAUAUAUCACGUGACAUCGGUAGUGACGUGGACGUACAUUUCCGGAGGUGUGCCACCCGCGAAUGCUGGAAAUAAAACAAAACUGGGACAGAAUUUAAAUGUUAAGCUAUGUAGUGUGGGCGAUUUAUCACAGUGUGACUGCAACCGAGGUGUCUAAUAAAUGGAUAAGUUUGUAACUCGGCACAGAAAAAGAUCUGCUGUUGAGGCAGAUGAAUGGGAAACAGAGGAACCGUUCAAGAAAUACAAAGAGGAAUGUGAGGUGGAAGAGGAGUUUUCUCAGCCCAUCCCCUGGCAGAAGAUUGAGGCAGAGGGAUUGGACUGUGACUACAGUUUGCUGUUUGACAAAGAGGAGGCUGAUCACCUUUUCAACCGGCUAGAAGAGGAGGUGGAGUAUUUUACAGGUGACAAAGCUAAACUACAAGUGUAUGGAAAGUCAUACAGUGUUCCAAGGAAGCAAGCAACAUAUGGCGACAAAGGACUGAUGUACUCUUUCUCUGGAGUCCAUCUCUUGGCUAAACCAUGGACUCCCACUUUGGAACGCAUUCGAGAUGCUGUUACCAGGGCAACAGGCCAUACAUUCAACUUUGUUUUGAUAAACAGAUAUAAUGAUGGUCACGAUCACAUUGGAGAGCAUCGGGAUGAUGAACGGGAACUCGAUCCUGCCUGCCCUAUUGCCUCUGUAUCUCUAGGGGCUGCCCGUGACUUCAUUUUCCGUCAUAAGGAUGCACGUACUGGUUCUAGCAAACUUCAGAUUAAGCCUGUGAAGCUGGAGCUGGCUCACGGGAGUCUACUGCUCAUGAACUAUCCCACAAACACAUACUGGUAUCACAGUCUUCCAGUCAGAAAAAAGGUCAAAAUGCCACGCAUCAACCUCACUUUCAGACGCAUACUGAAAAACCGACAAAAAAACUGCCAUUAAAAUGGAGUGAUUGUUCUUUUAGCAUCUCACCAGGUAUUCCUGUGGGUCAUGUUAGUGUUUAUUUCACAACAUGUGUGAAAGCUGUGUAAAAAGCCAGUGAGCAUUUCUCACAUUAUCACUUCUGCAAUGAAUCCUUGUUGGUUUUUAACACAUUCAGAUUCUUGCACACUACAUUAUCAGUUUCACUUCCUUUUCACAUCUUCAUGUUAUGAUUUAGUCUUCACAUUUUAUGAUUCAUUUGUCGUUAAACUAGUCUUUAAACUCAUGUCCAGUAAAAUUUGUACUGUGAUCUCAGAAAAUCAAGCUUCAAGCUCAUCAGGUUUGAUGUUUGGCAACAAAAUGCACUUUCAAGAGCAUUCAAAGGAAAUAUUUUCUUUUAUUUGUUUUUUUUUUUUGUUGUUUUUUAGAAAACCAAUAAACUACAUGUGGAAUAAAUAGGUUAGACACAACCAUACUUCUGUACAAGACAUUUCUAUUAUAUACUGGGAAAAAAACAAACAAAAAAAACAAUAUGGUCCCAACGAAUACAUUUUGCGAAAGGUUUCAAAGAUUGAACUACAGAAGGCAAUAGUUUGGCGAAAUACUGUGGCAAAAACAUAAGGGUAGCAAAAACGUAAUCGUAUAAAUAUAUACAUUUUAUUUUUCAAGCAUACGUAACAGAGUAAUUUCGAGAAAGUCAUACUUAGUGUUUACAUUCCAGCACUGCUGGACUGAGUAUGAGGUAUUCGCACAGCUGUCUACCCAUAACCUGCCUGUGUUACAAUCUAAUCAAUGUCACGUUUUUCCUUGGACGACGACACAUGCGGUCAGUACAGUUGCUGCUGAAAGAAACAGUAAUUUGUGAAUUUCAUGUAUCAAAAUUAUGCUAUUAUUGUAUCCCUUGUGUAUGUUGGAAGGUUGUAGUGCUGUUGAAAUGGCAACCAGCAUUUCAAAGCUUGGUUUGAACACCACAGUUUAACUUGAACAUUAGUGAAAUCAACAGUUGUGGGUUACUUGACUUUGGGAAAAAAAAAAAAUUAAAGCGAGACACUCAAGUGUGGGCACUUGGAGAAUUGUGUAGACAGACAAGACAAAAAAAAAAAAAAAGCAUUCCUUUUCUCAGUAACACAAAUGUACUCAACCAAGCAGGGCCUAUGCUACAAGCUAUGGUCUUCACAGGAGAAGUUGGAUAACUUGUGACUAGUACCAUUUGCAUUUUUUUAUAUUUAGCUACUUAUGGUGAAAUCUCACUAAACUACAGCAGCAGAAAUCAGUUAUUUCAGCGUGAUUUAAAAAACAGUGUGUUGACCUUCCUGAGUGAACAAGAAAAGGUGAGUGAUACAAUUUUUUUAAAAUCGCAAAUGGCAGUUGGUAUCAAUGCCAAUUUGGAAAAACUAUGGCAGUUCCAGUGCCGUUUCAUUUGACGAUACUGAUCUUAGUAAAAGAAAUAGCACGUAGUGAUUGUAGGGUAGCAUGAACUGUUUUAGGAUCAGUACAAUAUCUCACAGCUUGAUUCAUUACCCUUACUCAUACAAUGAUGAUCCCGACAUGCCCUCCACACUAAAAAUGACCACAAGAGACAGGUUUUCUGGAUUAAAGUGAAUAGAUGGUAGUAGGGAAGAGUGUAGAACUGAAGAAAACCUCCUAUGUUGUGAUGUGUUUCAGGAUAAGAGAUGGGGAUC